AUGAAUGCUUUGGAGCAGCUUGCGGAAGCAUUUUUCACCAUCGAACUAAUGACCAGUCGUCAGCUAAUGCCGUAUCCCCAUGAUCCCUUUAAGGGUGGAGCACCAUGGACAAAACAUGAUCAUCUAUCUGUGAAAGAUAGGCUGGUUAGUUUGUCUGGGUUUUCAGACUGGGAGAAGGGGCUGUUCGAAUCGACCAUUAGUACUUUCGGUAGUGCCCCUGGACAAGAAAUCGCGUUCACAGAAGCGCUCAGAUGGUAUGCUUUAAGCGGACACAGCAUGGCCGGUGUAUUCGAGCUAGCUGGUCUUUACAAAAUUGGCAAUGGGGGUAUGACCUCUUUUGCGCGUGCAAUUUUGGGCGAAUAUAAAGGGGACAUGGUCUUGGAGACUACUGUGAAGGAGGUGAGACAAAACAGCUCAGUGGUCGAGGUUAUCACGAACUUGGGCCGUUCUAUCAAAGCAAAAUAUGUCGUUUCGACUGUUCCCUUAAAUUCACUGUCUUCUAUCCGACAGUCUGCAAUUGCCAAGGGACAUAUCAACAAGGGGACAAAAGUACACUUCAAGCUCAGGGAUACUGAGCCAGGCUGGUUCGCGACUGCUGACUCUCGGGAUUCGGCUUAUGUAUUUGCCUUCUCUGAUCACAACGGCACUCACGGCUUGAAUGCAUCGGGGACUUGGUGCAUUGGAUUUGGAUAUAAUAUGGGGUUGAAAGAUCCGAAAAACUCAAAGUAUAUUAUAGAUCGCUUCCGGGCGGAUAUCCACCCAGGCGCUCAAAUCGAAGCCUACGCCACCCAUGACUGGGUCAAUGAUCCUUACUCUAAGGGUGGCUGGGCCUGCUGGGGGCCGGGAUGUGCAUCGGCCUUUCUUCAGGAACUGCAAAAGCCCGAUGGGAGAGUCCUUUUUGCAAGCGCCGACUGGGCAGAUGGAUGGAGAGGAUUUGUUGAUGGAGCAAUCGAGCAGGGUCAACAAGCGGCCCAAAAUGUCGUGGCGCUUUUGCAAUCGGAGACUGGAAUAUUGCGACCAAAGCUUUAG